UCCUGUGCUGAACGCGUCCUGUUCCUCGCGUCCCUCGAUUUGCAUUUAAAAAGCGUAUAUCCUUUUCGACGAAACAAGUGAACUUUAAAUAGUAAAGUAAAAGGACCAAGCUUAAGCCAGUUCAAUUUGUGUGUGCCAACUGUUGUGUGUCGCCUCUAACAAGUGGAGAUCGGCCGCCUGCCAAGGGAACUGGAUAUCCACAUAGGCAGUGCCUGAAUAUGGUAUACUUUAGUCCGCGUGGCAUGCAACCGUGUAGUCCAGCGGGAGAAGUCGCAAUGAUGCCGCCGUCGAAGAGCCCCGUGAUGGAGAGCGCCGCCUCCGACCAGAAUCCUGCCCAGCAGAGCCAGCAGCAGGACGAGCAAAGCGCCAAGCGGGCGUGUCCCCUGAAGUUUUCGAUAGCCAAGAUCAUGGAGCCGGAUCACAGGCCCAGCCAAGUGCCACCGCCGCAGCCCGCUCCGGCUUCCUUCGCCACCAACGAUGACGACGAGGAUGAGGAUCCGGAUAUCGAUGCCGACUCGGAGCGCUCCUGCAGCCCCAUCGAGGUGAUCAGCCUGGAUCAGUCGCCAUCCACCGUCAACUAUGACUCCGCUUUCAAGAAGUAUGUGCCGGGUCCGUGUUCGGGCGCCACUUCAUCGGUAGCCUCGCCGCCUAGCACCGCUGCUGUUCAGCAGUUUGUGAGCUCCCGCCACCAGGAGCUGCUCUCUCAGUAUCCCCUGCUGUACUAUGCACCCAAUCAGCUGAUGUGCGCCGCCGCUGCCGCCCAAUAUGCGGCAUUGACCGCCCAACAGCAAUCGCUGGCCAGCGCCGCCCACCUGAGCAGCUUCACCGCCUCCCUGAACGCCAGUUUGCAUCACUCUCAGUCGCUGAGAAGGAAUCUGGGCCAUCCUCUGGCCGCGGCAGCUGCCGUGGCGGCUGUGGCCCAAUCCCAGGCUGUACCCAAUCUGCAACAUACCUUGGAAAAGUCGCCAGUGGCGCAGAGAACAGCCCAGAGUUCGGGAUUGCAGGCAAACUUGAAGAGGAAACGAUCGCCGCAGGAUCAGGGCGAGGUGACGCCGCCACCAGCGUCUACUGCCACUUCCGCCACUGGAGCCAGAUCCCGCUCCCCGUCGCCUCAAGGAUCCAUCGAGGACAGCAGUCCCGGAUCGGCCAGUGGCGGCAAGCCCAAGACCUUCUCCUGCCUGGAAUGUGGCAAGGUGUUCAACGCCCACUACAAUCUCACCCGCCACAUGCCCGUCCACACCGGAGCUAGGCCGUUUGUGUGCAAGGUCUGCGGCAAGGGAUUCCGCCAGGCCUCGACUCUCUGCCGGCACAAGAUCAUCCACACGUCGGAGAAGCCGCACAAGUGCCAGACCUGCGGCAAGGCCUUCAACCGCUCCUCCACCCUCAACACCCACUCGCGCAUCCACGCCGGCUACAAGCCCUUCGUGUGCGAGUACUGCGGCAAGGGCUUCCACCAGAAGGGCAACUACAAGAACCACAAGCUGACCCACAGCGGCGAAAAGGCCUACAAGUGCAACAUCUGCAACAAGGCCUUCCACCAGGUCUACAACCUCACCUUCCACAUGCACACGCACAACGACAAGAAGCCCUACACCUGCCGCGUCUGCGCCAAGGGAUUCUGCCGGAACUUCGAUCUGAAGAAGCACAUGCGGAAGCUGCACGAGAUCGGCGGCGAUCUGGAUGACCUGGACAUGCCACCCACCUACGACAGGCGGCGCGAGUACACGCGCCGGGAGCCACUUGCCUCCGGUUACGGUCAGGCAUCGGGUCAACUAACGCCGGACUCCAGUUCCGGCAGCAUGUCGCCGCCCAUCAAUGUGACCACACCCCCACUUUCCAGCGGCGAGACGAGCAAUCCCGCCUGGCCCAGGUCCUCCGUUUCGCAGUACCCGGCCGGUAGCUUCCACCACCAGCUCGGAGUGGCUCCACCUCACGAUUAUCCCAGUGGCUCCGCCUUCCUGCAACUCCAGCCGCAGCAGCCACAUCCGCAAAGCCAGCAGCACCACCAGCAGCAGCAGAGACUCUCGGAGACCUUCAUAGCCAAGGUGUUUUGACAGCGAUACUACGCGGAAAGCUUGAACAGCUCCACGGGGUCGACCUCGACGACCAGCUCCACGGUGACCACCACCACCACGGCCAUAUCCUCGAUGGCCACCUCCAGGAGCGAUCUGCUGAUCGACUGACUGCAGUUUGUUGCAGCGGCGGCCGCUGCGAGUAGCUCGAAUUCCGGGCAGGAUACCGGCGAAUCGCCGUCCCCGGAGCUCGGAUGCACUGCUCUGGGCAGUGCUGUCCGCGCACUGAACGGACUCUUCUAGGCAGAAGGACCCCUGCCCACCUCCACCCACCCCGCAGAACCUCAGCAGCCACCAAAUGGUUUCAACUUGUGCAAUACCCCACUCAGAAGAUGAUGAUGACGAUGAUGAUCCCAACGCUCAGCCACAUCUCCAAGCAGCAUUUUGUACAUAGCGUAUCCCUAUGAAGUCCCACAGAACACUCUACUCAAGCAGCUCUCUCGAUGUAUAGAUGUAGUUAAAGGAUUUAACUAGUUAGUCGCCAAUACCGAAAGCCCUGAGUUCCGUGUAGAUCGGCUACACGGAUCCUCCAGGUCUCGUUUCGAUAUAGGAAAUGGUGUUUUUAAUAUUCCGUUAGAGCUUUUUGGGAUCUGUCAACCGACAUACAUAUAUGAAAAUGUAUCUUAGAGUUGCACUAGAUAUCCGUACUGUACUCUAUCCCUAAGUGUCUGUGUAACCCAACGCAAAUUAAUGAAAUUGAGAAACAUUUUAACGAAGAUCCAUGAAUGCAUUGUAUUUGUUUAGGUCUUAAGUGAUAUUAUUGAUACUGUUUAAGCAAUAAAUCAAUUCUUCAAUUAU